AUGGAAACCGCCCGACAUGACCUCGAACCAACUGUAACUUCGCUGGCUGCAAUCCAGGCUGCUUCGAACGGGCAGCAGCGAUUAGAGGGAAUAAUGCGCCUCAAACUAUUAUUACUGUCUUCUAUACCGUUAAUAUGGACGCAAACACAGUUGCUGGACUAUGGUGAGCGAGCCGGAGAUCAAAGCCUGGAUUUCUCAGACGGGCAACAUGCGGUUGCUAUUGACGUCCCAAUGGUAUAUAUGGAGACUCCUUAUAGUGAAUUAUACAUUUCUCCGAAUGGAAUAGUCGGUUUUGGAGAACGAUUGCCGGAUGGGGUGGCACCGUUGCAGAAGUUAAACCGAAGCGCGAUUGCUACUUUCUACGCUCCGGCCAGCGAAGGAAUAAUCUACUACAGGUCGACAUCGUCCGAUCAGCGGCUUCUUCGUCGCCUUACUGAUUACAUCCAUAAGACGUUUGCUGAUAGUUCAGAUUUUCAAACAUUACAAGCAAUGAUUGUCACAUGGGAUGGAAUCCAGAACAAGGAACAGGACGGAGGCGCCACAUUUCAGCUGGCACUCGCAUCCGAUGGUAUGAUAACGUAUGCCCUCAUGCAAUUUCUCAAGUUGCCGUGGUCGGCAUCCGGAGGGAUUUAUGCGCAAAGCGGAUUUACCAUGCCAGAUGGCCGCUAUCAAAGUAACACAAAUUCGGGAGGUCCUGAUGUGAAAGAACUUGUUGGGCUGUCAAACAAUCCAGAAGGAACAUCGUUCAUUUUCCGAGUAUCUGGUUCAGCCAUAGAAGACCCGAGGGAAAACGCUGAAGACUAUGAAUACACGAAUUACGACCAGACAGAUUACGACGGUGACGAGAGGAAACCACCAGCUGACUGCCCUGUAGAUCCAUACAGUGACAGAUGUCCAGACGGAUGCAACAUUCUCACAGAUGAGCGUAUGUGCUCAAAAUGUGUGUGCGCAGAACCACCUGCAGAUGAUGUUGAAGGAGUUACCGAAGAAGCCGUUCAAAGGCUUCCCAAACCAGCACAUCCACUCCGUCCGGAAACCGCUGAAGAGAAGGGAGCUCAUCGUGAAGGACACGACAAAAGAAAUGAAGAAGAAGAAAGACGAAGAGAACAUGAAAGACAACAGCAUCAGCAACAAUUGGAAGAAAGACGCAGAGAAUACGAGCGGCAACUGCAGGAGCAGGAAAGGCGUAGAGAGCAUGAGCGGCAACAAGUUGAGCAGCAACAGCGGGAGCACGGAGACGAGUCAGUGCAUGAGCAGCAAGAGGCGGAAAGGAGAGAGCAUGAGCGAAAAAUGCAGCAGCAACGUGCUGAAGAGGAAAGUGGACAGCAACAAAAACCUACACCCACCACUUGCGCGGCUGCUGGCGAAGAAGCUUGCAACGUGAACGCAGGUUGCAGAGAUUAUGCCGGUGGAUUUUGCUGCGAGUGUCGAACAGGUUACUACGGUAAUGGAAAGGAGUGCUUGAAGAAAGGUGAUCCUCAGCGGAUUUCUGGUUCAUUCGAAGGAGUAAUUAAUGGGAUGUCCAUCCCACGAACAGAUCUCCACACAUUCAUCACAGGCACCGAUGGAAACGCUUACACAGCUGUGUCGAAAAUCCCGUCCGAUCUCGGAUCUCCGUUUCUUCUUUUGAAUCCUAUCGGAUCCAUUAUGGGAUGGUUGUUCGCAGAUGUGCAGUCAUCGACAGCCUACAACGGCUUCCAGCUAACUGGAGGUCUGUUCAAUCGUACAGUAACUCUUCAUAUUGGCGAUCGCUACCAGGUAUCAAUUCGACAGAAGUUUAGUGGACGAGACAUCUACCACUAUUUCAAAGCUACGGUUUUUGUGUCGGGAACGUUGCCUGACAUAGCACCUGGUGCCGAAGUUCAAUUUCCUGACUACGAAGAAGAAUAUCGCAGGGAGAAGCCGGGCGUUGUUCGAUCGUACACGGGCAUGGACAUUAUACUAAGAGAAGGCGGUGAAACGAAAACGAUCAGAAUGACAGUGGACCAAUUGAUUCAAUUCGAUGAAUGUCCUCACAGAACUUUCGACAAAGACAACAACGUUGUUCUUCAUGUCAAACGAGUUCAUGUCACAUACGACGCCAGUGAGGGAAUUGUGAGAUACGGGUCUCGAAACUACGCUAAACCAGGAAGUGUCAGUUCAACGAAUCGAGAGCAGAUUCAGCCUGCGCAGCAUUCGCAUUUCGAUAGACGUCAACACGGUCAAGCUCAACAGCAGGCACAGAAUCCCGUGGAACUGAAUCGAGACUUGUGUGCGGAAGGCCGGCAUGUCUGUACACUGCCAAAUAUGCGUUGUCGUCCAGUAGAUCCGUCCUACCGUUGUGAAUGCCUGCCAGGAUAUCAAGCGAAACGUAACGAAUCAUCGCCACUCGGCUGGAAUUGUCAAGAUCUCAAUGAAUGCGAACGUGGCGAUCACACAUGCGAUCACUACGCAGUCUGUCACAAUACGGACGGAUCGUUCACAUGUCAAUGCCGACCUGGCUAUACAGGCGACGGUCAUCACUGCUCCACCUUCCAUGGAGACGAGACCAGUAUGGAGAGUGGCUUCACAACCAUGGACGCCAUUGAACUGACGCUACCACGGGGAGAGCCCGAACAACAGCCACAAUCCCAACAUCCAAAGGGUAUCAAACCAACUGUUUUUCGAAGGAAACCGCCAUCAUAUGGUCUUUCCGAUCAAUUGAUCCCUGUUCUGAGAGAUUUUUUAGGGACCUGCACCAACCACCAACAAUGUCAUCAAUGGGGUGAAUGUGCUUUUGUGGAUGGUUCACCACAUGGGCAAUGUAAAUGUCGUGGUUGGUACGUCGGCGAUGGCGUCGAUCAUUGCGGUCCUCCUCAAGAACAACGUCAUGAAGAACCACGACUGAAUGCAAAUAUUCCGAUGCGAGGAGGACAACCUUGUGGUCAGCAUGUGUGCGACGUCAACGCUGAAUGUAUGCCAUCACCAAGUGGAGGAUCCGAAUGUGUGUGCAAGGCGGGUUAUCACGGAAAUGGAAUUUCUUGUGAAUCGCUGUCCGACGACGAAGAGGAAGUCAAAACACAAGUUCCAGAGGAGACAGUCGGAAAGGUAUGUAGAGCUCACGAGGAAUGCUCUGAACAUGGUAGCUGCUCCUAUAGUAGGACUCUUGGAUACUAUCAUUGCACCUGCACAAAACCUUAUGUAGGUAAUGGAGUGGAGUGCACGUUGAAGCAUGAAGGAGCCCAGGAGCGAGAAGAACAGCAAGGUUGUGAUCGACUUCGUAAUUGUGAUCAAAAUGCCCAAUGUGUUUAUGACAGCCACAACAGAAUAUAUCGUUGUGAGUGUUACGAAGGAUAUGCAGGAGACGGUAAGACUUGUGUACAGAUCCACACUGGACGGCAGCAAUGGGAAGGGGGAGAGAAACAGCCUCAACAGUGUCGAGAUUCGACUGACUGCCACCAGAAUGGGCACUGUGUCGUGGCCGGUACGCAGGGCUACAUUUGUGAAUGUUUACCAGGAUAUCGUGGGGAUGGAGUUCGACAAUGUGCAGUAGCAGAUCAAUGCAAUCCUACGGAUCGUAGCUCAUGCCACCAGAAUGCUGAAUGCGUCUACGGGGAAGCGGAACGAGCAUAUGUUUGUAAAUGCGUUAGAGGCUUCACCGGCGAUGGAGUCCGCUGUGUCCCUCAUGCCAGACCUCAAACAUGCAGAGAGGAGCCGCGACUUUGUCAUGCAAACGCUCAAUGUGUCUACAACCACAACGAGAAUACUUUCAUCUGUGUCUGUAAACCGGGAGCAGUGGGUGAUGGUUACCAAAAAUGUGACAUUCAAGAAACUCCUCGAUGUUCCAAUUGCUCCACGCACGCCCAUUGUAGUCAGACUCACGCAGGUGGAUGGCAGUGCAAGUGCAACGCCGGCUAUCAGGGAAAUGGGCAUGUCUGCGCAGCGAUGACAUCUUGUUUGGACGACCGGUCAUUGUGCGACCCGCACGCGGAGUGUGUCCCAGGUGAAGGAGGUCACUACGUAUGCAAUUGUCUUUACGGUUAUCGCGGCAACGGAAGGACUUGCACUCCUGACUCUCAACCUCGAGAUGAAACACUCCUUGUCUCCAGAGGAAUGGCUAUAUUCCAAAGAGGAGUGAAUCCUGAAACUCCAGGAAAACAAUUGAUAGUAAUCCCUCAUCAUAUCGCUGUCGGUUUGGAUUAUGACUGCAAAGAAGACCGAAUCAUCUGGAGCGAUAUUUCCGGCCACUCAAUACGAUCGGCUUCUUUGAACGGUACUGAUCACAAGUCAUUCUACGCUGCAGAUUUGAAUAGCCCAGAAGGUGUAGCUGUGGACUGGUCGUCGAGAAAUGUCUAUUACGCGGAUUCUCUCAAAGAUGAGAUAGGAGUAGCCUCAUUGGAUGGAAAGUAUCAGAAAGCGCUUGUAACGGAAGGGUUGGUAAAUCCUAGAGCAUUGGCUCUAGACUUACACAACAGACACUUAUACUAUACCGACUGGCACCGUGAGAAUCCAGUCAUCGGAAGAGUUGACAUGGACGGACAGAACAACAGGAUAUUCCUUAAUGACGACAUACAUCUACCUAAUGGAAUCGCUAUUUUACCAAAUAGGAGAGAACUCUGCUGGGUAGACGCAGGAAAUCACAGGUUGUCGUGCAUUGGUCUAGACGGGAACAAUCGUCGGGUAGUUUUCGCUCCGCUGCAACAUCCAUUUGGACUGACACACAAUAAUGAAGCACGAUUCUAUUGGACGGACUGGAAAGACAAUCGAAUCCAUUCGGUCGGCAUUUAUGGCGAUGGUUAUGCUUCGUUCCCGAUUUCCUUAGGAGGAUCGGGGAAAGUAUAUGGAAUCUUGAGUGUACCGAAACACUGUACUGGACCAAAUACUGCCUGUUCCGUUAACAAUGGUGGUUGCCCGUAUCUUUGUUUGCCUGGCCAAGAAGAAGUGCGUUGCGAAUGUCCAUCGAACGUUGCCGUCAAAGGAUGUUAA